CCUGUUCAUUCAGCAGCAGCGUCCUCGAGCAGCGCCACCACUUUCACGCGCACGGCGUCGGCGCGAGGCGCAAGUGCGCGCGCCGCGGCUCAGGGCGACCGUUAGAGAGACCGUGAGGGCGGAGGGGGCUGCAGCGGUCUUUGCGCGCGUUUCUGUUUGUUUUAUUGUACCCGUUCGCCUCGUUUCGUCUCCGUGGGUCGGAACCGAAGGGGCGAGGUGGAGGAGGAGGAGGAGGUGGUAGAAUGGGCGAACCCCUCAGGUUUUCACUCUAACUCUGGAAAUGGAGCCCACAUUCCCGCGGGGAGACAAAGAUGAGGUCCAUCUGGAGGAGCCAGGGCGUGCGCGUGUGAGGAUGCGCGAGCGUCUGGUGUGGGACUACCCUCUGCAGUUCUCCUGGCUGAUGGAGGCCGAGCCCUUCACCUCCUCCCUGCAGGCGGGCAGCACCGCGGCCGGCACUGGCAUGACGCUGGAGCAGAAGACCACUUUUGCCUUCGUCAUCUUUCUCUUCGUCUUCCUCUGCAUGCUGAUCGUGCGCUGCUUCCGUAUCCUGCUGGACCCCUACCGCAGCAUGCCCACCUCCACCUGGGCCGACGGCCUGGAUGGCCUUGAAAAGGGCCAGUUUGAUUACACGCUGGCAUAGAGUCAGCAAACACUUGCACACACAAUGCAACUAGGUAAAUGAACCACACAGACCCAGCUAGUUAAGAAGGAACACACAUACAUUUGUUCGGGCACAAAAAACUUGACAAUAUGAAGUAAAAAUUUGGUGCAUGGUUAUGAAAAGACAGGUUUGAUUUGUAAUAGCAAGUGUUAAGUCACGCACACUCUGCUUCUGUCACAUACAGGGUGUCCUUUUGAAAGGAGCAGUUGGGGAUUCUGAGUGACCCCAGAAGCAGUCUGGACUGGCCUGUGGCCCCUCUGCGCCAUGGCCUCACUCAUACAGGGUAGCCCUAUCACUGUCUCCCUCUAAACAUUCACAACAUCUGUACUUGCACUGUUGUAAACUGCCAAGUAGACACCUAGAGAGAAUAACCUGUUGAAGACCCUUUAUAAGCACUUCAUAAAUACGUCAUGCUUUUGUUAGCCUUAAGGUAUGCACUGUUAUUAUCAAUGCAGCUUAGAUUCAUUAGAAUGUAUUUAUGUAGUGCUUAUGGCUACCUAAAGGGCCUUUUACUCAACGAUGCCAAAUUUGACACAGUUUAGGCAAUUCAGUAUCUUGUGUGUAGUUAUCUGUGACAUUAGAUAUUUGAAUGUAAAUUCAAAGUAGAAGCAAUGGAUAGCACUUUUGGCUUGUUUCUCAGCCCAGUGUGAAGUCCAUGAUGAAUGGUGUCAUGUGUCUGCUUAAAAAAAUAUCUGUCAUUUUAAAUGUGAUCUCAGAGUGAACUUGUACAGUCAGCAUAUACUGCCUCAUUAGCACAAUAAACUGAAUUUAGAUCAGUUCUGUUUUAAUACAUGAUCCGCUCUCUGGUCUUAUUUAUAUGAUCAGAAUAAAUGGCUGUGGUUUGCUUGGUCAGCCUUUACAUUUUAAGCAGUAGCCAGGGGAGAUGUAACCCUAACAGCGCUAAUUUGCCUUGAGAAAAGUCAUCGCUAAGAGCAAAAGAUGAGGAAAGGCCACUUUUCAGCAGUGCCUCCUUAGGUGUUCAGGUGGUAAUAAAAAAUGAAGUUGUGUGCAAAAAUGUCCAUCAGUGGCUGAACUGCUCUGAAAUAAACUGUUCUGCUCUAUUAUUAUCUGCUUUGAUUUUACUGCUUAUGUCAAUAAUGAGGCUCCAGCCAAAUGAUGUUACUUUGCACUUCUAUGUUGUCUUCUCGCCACUGUGAAUGAGCCAGUGAGACAUUGAGAGCACUUAAGCAAUGUCAGGUUGAACUGCCCGUGUUUUUGAAGAUGACUGCCAGUGUUUUGCAUGUACAAGCAAAUGCAUAUGAAUGUGUGCGAGACAAAAAAAAAAACCUUUAGGUACACACAAGCUGGACUGAUACAUCCAAUGCAGAUGUGUUCGAUGCUGUUGAGCCU